CGCUGGCCUAUUCUAAAAUAGUGGAUCGGGAGAGUUGUUCCUUUGCUGCCAGUCCCAAAAUGUCACAGGCCCAGCACAUUGUUGCAAAAAUGACCAAACUGCGUGUCGUGCCUUUAGUGGCACUCUUCAGCCUAAUUUGUUUCACUCAAGCACAACGGGCGCAAGAAUCGGCUGACCUAAUUUUCUUAAUUGACGGAUCUGCCAGCGUUGGAAGUGUCAAUUUUCAAUAUAUACGCGAUUUUAUCGUAAAUUUCAUCGACAAUCUCGAGAUCGGCCCUGACAGAAUCCAAAUCGGUGUGGUACAAUACAGCGACGAGCCCAACACCGAGUUCUAUUUAAACACAUACUCCACGAAAACGGAGGUUCUGGAUGCUGUGAAACGACUUCAACCCAAAGGCGGAGAUGAAAUUAAUACUGGCGCGGCCGUGCAAUUUUUAGUCGACAAUCACUUUACUGAGUCAGCCGGCAGCAGGGCAUCAGAAGGGGUCCCACGGGCAUUAGUCAUUAUCACUUCUAGUGAGUCCAGUGAUGAUGUAAUUCAGGCAGAACUAUUAAUAAAGCAAGGUAGUAUAUACUCAUUUGCUAUUGGAGGUAGAGAUGCCGACAAUAAUGAACUUGCUCAGCUUUCAACCGAUGCAUCCUUUACUGCCUUGAUCUCCGAAUUCCGUGAUAUUGCUCAAUUGCAGCAACAGUUUUUACCAUUGGUCUCGGCAGUGGCCCGAAGGGAAAUAAUUCUUGAACCUCUGGUGCUGAAUGAAGUUCCGGACAGGAGGAGGGACAUUGUAUUUCUGAUGGACGGCAGCUCCAGUGUGGGAAAUCCGAACUUUUUGAAAAUGCGUGAAUUUAUCUUAAAAGUAAUUAACAGAUUUCAAAUUGGACCAAAUGCGGUGCAAGUUGCUGUCGUGCAGUACAGUGAUGUUCAAAAAACUGAGUUUUCCUUCAAUGUUCACCCGGACAAACGUGGACUACUUUCUGCUGUAAAAAAACUGCGACCGAUUGGCGGACCCUCCCGUAACAUUGGGGCCGCGCUGGAGUUUGUCCUCGAAAAACAUUUUAUCACAUCUGCAGGGAGUCGAAGACAGCAAAAUGUCCCCCAGUUUCUGGUGCUUGUCACUAAUGGAGCAUCUCAAGAUAGCAUUCGCUUCCCUGCACUGGAGUUAAAAAGAAAGGCUAUAAUAACACUUAGUGUCGGAGUUGGUAACACGGACCUUGAAGAGCUGCGGGAGAUUGCAUUUGUUCCAGAUUUGGUAUAUGAAGUACCUAAUUUCCAGGCUCUGCUCCAGAAACCGAGACAAGUAGCAGCAAAGUUAUCCACGUUACGUUCUCCUACAGUGGUUACGGAAGAGCCUACAGUUACCAUUACGGAAGUUGUGACACAAGCAUUCAACCAGAGAGAUAUUGUGUUCCUUAUUGACGGAUCAAAUAACGUCGGCAAUGCAUACUUCCCUAUUCUCCGUGACUUCAUCAGAAACAUAAUUGAAACCUUUGACAUUGGAAGAGAUGGUGUGCAAGUAGCUGUGGUACAGUACAGUAGUGAUGCAAGCACUGCUUUCUAUCUAAACAGUUACAACACGAAGUCUGACAUUUUGACCCAUGUAAGUGGGCUCAGGCUGAAAGGUGGUAGGGCCCUUAACACUGGUGCAGCAAUGGACUAUGUACUUCAAAACAUCUUUAUAAAAGCUUCAGGAAGUAGGAUAGAGGAGCGUGUUCCCCAGAUAUUGAUAGUUGUUACAGCUGGAAGGUCCGAUGAUGAUAUUAGACCAUCUGCAGAAGCCCUGGCACGAGGAGGCAUUCUUACCAUUGCCAUUGGAGUGAGUAAAGCACAAGUGGAGGAGAUAAAUCGUAUUGCAUUCAGUCGACAGACAGCUUUCCAAGUAAAUGACUUUAAUACCCUGAGUACCAUCCAGGAUACUGUGGCAUCGUCUGCCAAAACAUGGAUUCAUGGAGGAGUCACUGAAGUACCUUCAGCGUUGAAGAAGGACAUUGUCUUCCUUAUCGAUGGUUCUGCUGGAAUGGGACAAUCAUUUCUUCAAGUCCGUGAAUUUCUGAUACAAGUAGUCCAGCAGCUUGAGAUUGGACCCAACAAAGAUAAAGUUUCCCUGGUUCGGUACAGUUCUGAUCCAAGUGUUGAAUUUGGCCUCGAUGCUUAUUUAACAAAAAAUGAAGUUUUGGAGGCAAUCAAAAGACUCCCACCGAAAAUGGGAAGACCCCUUAAUACAGGUGCGGCACUGGACUUUGUCGCUAGGGAUGUCUUCAGCCCAUCUGCAGGCAGCAGAAGAGAUACUGGUGCUUCACAGAUCCUGGUGCUCAUCACUGCUGGGAAAUCCAAGGAUGAUAUUGUAAUGGCAGCAAGGAGGGUGAAACUAGCUGGUAUUGUGCCCAUUGCUGUCGGAGCCAAGAAUGCAGACACAUCGGAGCUCCAAAAGAUUGUGCACGAUCCAGCAUUUAUUUUAACAAUGAGGGACUUCCAAGAUUUGUCAGGCAUUCAACAGGAGCUAUUAUCUAAAAUGAGAACAGUGGUUAUUUUUGAGGAAGAUGCUGUUAAGAGGGAUGUUGUGUUCCUCAUUGAUGGAUCAGAAAACGUCAGACCUGCUUUCUCCGCAAUCCAAAAAUUCAUCUCCAGUGUGGUUGACAGUCUUGACAUUGGAAGUGACAAAGUCCGAGUUGCUUUAGUUCAGUACAGCGAAGAUCCCAACGUCAACUUCUACCUAAACAGCUACUCAACGAAAAGGGAUCUGAUGGACGUGGUAAAUAAUCUUAGGCAAAUAGGAGGACGAAGAACCAACACUGGCAAAGCACUAGACUAUGUCAAACAGAACAUCUUCACUAGAUCUGCUGGGAGCAGGGUGGAGGAAGGCGUACCCCAGUUCUUGAUCCUCCUCACUGCCAGCAGGUCGACUGAUGAUGUAGGUCAGGCAGCCCUGGCACUGAAAGAGGCUGGGGUAGCACCUUUCACCAUCAGUUCAGGAGACGCAGAUGAAAGUGAAUUGCAGCAGAUUUCACUGUCCCCUGAUUAUAUUUUCAAGGUGACUGAUCUACGGAAUGUGGAAACACUGCAGCAAAGUCUGGAGUCGCCAUUGACACGACUGAACAAAGAUCAGAUCAUUCAAAUCACGACAACGGUGAUCAGAGAUGCUGUUAAGAGGGAUGUUGUGUUCCUCGUUGAUGGAUCAGAAAAUGUCAGAUCUGCCUUCUCCUCGAUUCAAAAAUUCAUCUCCAGAGUGGUCGACAAUCUUGACAUUGGAAGUGACAAAGUCCGAGUUGCUUUGGUUCAGUACAGCGAAGAUCCCAACGUCAACUUCUACCUAAACAGCUACACAACAAAAAGGGAUCUCAAUGACGUGGUAAAUAAUCUCAGGCAAAUAGGAGGGCGAAGAGCCAACACUGGCAAGGCACUGGACUAUGUCAAACAGAACAUCUUCACCAGAUCUGCUGGGAGCAGGGUGGAGGAAGGUGUACCCCAGUUCUUGAUCCUCCUCACUGCCAGUAGGUCAGCCGAUGAUGUAGGUCAGGCAGCCCUGGCACUGAAAGAGGCCGGGGUAGCACCUUUCACCAUCAGUUCAGGAGACGCAGAUGAAAGUGAACUGCAGCAGAUUUCAUUGUCCCCUAGUUAUAUUUUCAAGGUGACUGAUCUACGGAAUGUGGAAACACUGCAGCAAAACCUGGAAUUACCAUUGACACGACUGAACAAAGAUCAGAUAAUUCGAAUCAGGACACUCGUCCUUGAAGAUGCUGUUAAGAGAGAUGUUGUAUUCCUCAUUGAUGGAUCAGAAAACAUCAGACCUGCAUUCCAAUCAAUUCAAAGAUUCCUCUCCAGAAUGGUUGACGAUCUUGAUGUCGGAAGUGACCGAGUCCGUGUUAGUUUGGUUCAGUACAGCGAAGAUCCCAGCGUCAACUUCUACCUAAACAGCUACUCCACUAAAGAGGAUGUGAAACGAGCAAUAAAUAAUAUGGGGCCAAAAGGAGGGCGAAGAGCCAACACUGGUAAAGCACUGGACUUUGUCAAGCAGAACGUCUUCACCAGAUCUGCUGGGAGCAGGGUGGAGGAAGGUGUACCCCAGUUCUUGAUCCUCCUCACUGCCAGCAGGUCAGCCGAUGACAUUGGUCGGGCAGCCCUGGAUCUGAAAGAGGCUGGGGUAGCACCUUUCGCCAUCGGUUCAGGAGACACAGAUGACAGUGAACUGGCGCAGAUUUCACUGUCCCCUAAUUAUAUUUUCAAGGUGCCUGAUCUACGGAAUGUGGAAACCCUGCAGCAACGUCUGGGCUCCCCACUGACAACACUGAAUAGGGAUCAGAUAGUUCAAAUCCGAAGAACGGUUCUUGGAGAUGCUGUUAAGAGGGAUGUUGUAUUCCUCAUUGAUGGAUCAGAAAACAUCAGACCUGCAUUCCAAUCAAUUCAAAGAUUCCUCUCCAGAAUGGUUGACAAUCUUGACGUCGGAAGUGACCGAGUCCGUGUUUGUUUGGUUCAGUACAGUGAAGAUCCCAACGUCAACUUCUACCUAAACAGCUACUCCACUAAAGAGGAUGUGAAACGAGCAAUAAAUAAUAUGGGGCCAAAAGGAGGGCGAAGAGCCAACACUGGUAAAGCACUGGACUUUGUCAAGCAGAACGUCUUCACCAGAUCUGCUGGGAGCAGGGUGGAGGAAGGUGUACCCCAGUUUUUGAUCCUCCUCACUGCCAGCAGGUCAGCCGAUGACGUUGGUCGGGCAGCCCUGGAUCUGAAGGAGGCCGGGGUAGCACCUUUCGCCAUCGGUUCAGGAGACACAGAUGACAGUGAACUGGCGCAGAUUUCACUGUCCCCUAGUUAUAUUUUCAAGGUGCCUGAUCUACGGAAUGUGGAAACCCUGCAGCAACGUUUGGGCUCCCCACUGACAACACUGAAUAGGGAUGAGAUAGUUCAAAUCAGAACAAAAGUUCUUGGAGAUGCUGUUAAGAGGGAUGUUGUAUUCCUCAUUGAUGGAUCAGAAAACAUCAGACCUGCAUUCCAAUCAAUUCAAAGAUUCCUCUCCAGAAUGGUUGACAAUCUUGACGUCGGAAGUGACCGAGUCCGUGUUGGUUUGGUUCAGUACAGUGAAGAUCCCAACGUCAACUUCUACCUAAACAGCUACUCCACUAAAGAGGAUGUGAAACGAGCAAUAAAUAAUGUGGGGCCAAAAGGAGGGCGAAGAGCCAACACUGGUAAAGCACUGGACUUUGUCAAGCAGAACGUCUUCACCAGAUCUGCUGGGAGCAGGGUGGAGGAAGGUGUACCCCAGUUCUUGAUCCUCCUCACUGCCAGCAGGUCAGCCGAUGACGUUGGUCAGGCAGCCCUGGGUCUGAAAGAGGCCGGGGUAGCACCUUUCGCCAUCGGUUCAGGAGACACAGAUGACAGUGAACUGGUGCAGAUUUCACUGUCCCCUAAUUAUAUUUUCAAGGUGCCUGAUCUACGGAAUGUGGAAACCUUGCAGCAACGUUUGGGCUCCCCACUGACAACACUGAAUAGAGAUCAGAUAGUUCAAAUCCGAAGAAUAGUUCUUGGAGAUGCUGUUAAGAGGGAUGUUGUAUUCCUCAUUGAUGGAUCAGAAAACAUCAGACCUGCAUUCCAAUCAAUUCAAAGAUUCCUCUCCAGAAUGGUUGACAAUCUUGAUGUCGGAAGUGACCGAGUCCGUGUUGGUUUGGUUCAGUACAGUGAAGAUCCCAACGUCAACUUCUACCUAAACAGCUACUCCACUAAAGAGGAUGUGAAACGAGCAAUAAAUAAUGUGGGGCCAAAAGGAGGGCGAAGAGCCAACACUGGUAAAGCACUGGACUUUGUCAAGCAGAACGUCUUCACCAGAUCUGCUGGGAGCAGGAUGGAGGAAGGUGUACCCCAGUUCUUGAUCCUCCUCACUGCCAGCAGGUCAGCCGAUGACGUUGGUCGGGCAGCCCUGGAUCUGAAGGAGGCAGGGGUAGCACCUUUCGCCAUUGGUUCAGGAGACACAGAUGACAGUGAACUGGUGCAGAUUUCACUGUCCCCUGAUUAUAUUUUCAAGGUGCCUGAUCUACGGAAUGUGGAAACCCUGCAGCAACGUCUGGGCUCCCCACUGACAACACUGAAUAGGGAUCAGAUAGUUCAAAUUCGAAGAAUAGUUCUUGGAGAUGCUGUUAAGAGGGAUGUUGUAUUCCUCAUUGAUGGAACAGAAAAUGUCAGACCUGCCUUCCAAUCAAUUCAAAGAUUCCUCUCCAGAAUGGUUGACAAUCUUGACGUCGGAAGUGACAGAGUCCGAGUUGGUUUGGUUCAGUACAGCGAAGAUCCCAGCGUCAACUUCUACCUAAACAGUUACUCCACUAAAGAGGAUGUGAAACGAACAAUAAAUAAUAUGGGGCCAAAAGGAGGGCGAAGAGCCAACACUGGUAAAGCACUGGACUUUGUCAAGCAGAACAUCUUCACCAGAUCUGCUGGGAGCAGGGUGGAGGAAGGUGUACCCCAGUUCUUGAUCCUCCUCACUGCCAGCAGAUCAGCCGAUGACGUUGGUCCGGCAGCCCAGGAACUGAAGGAGGCUGGCGUAGCACCUUUCACCAUUGGUUCAGGAAACACAGAUGACAGUGAACUGGUGCAGAUUUCACUGUCCCCUGAUUAUAUUUUCAAGGUGCCUGAUCUACGGAAUGUGGAAACCCUGCAACAACGUUUGGGCUCCCCACUGACAACACUGAACAAGGAUCAGAUAGCUCAGAUCUAUACAACGAUUCUUGGAGAUUCUGCAAAGAGAGAUGUGGUGUUCCUUGUUGAUGGGUCCGAAAAUGCCAGAGGCACUUUCCCUUCAAUUAAAAACUUCAUCAACAGAUUUGUCGACAACCUUGACAUUGAAAGCGACAAAGUCCGAGUCGGUGUUGCACAGUUCAGUGAAGAUCCCAGUGUCAGCUUUUAUUUGAACACCUAUGAGACAAAGAAUGAGGUGAAGAGGGCAGUUGAUAACCUCCGGUAUAAAGGGGGGACACGAGCCAAUAUAGGUGAAGCCCUGAGUUAUGUCACAAAGAAUAUCUUCACUAGAUCUGCUGGGAGCAGAGUGGAGGAAGAUGUACCUCAGUUCUUGAUCCUCCUCACCGCCAGCAGGUCCUCUGACGAUGUUAGUAUGGCAGCCCUGGCACUGAAAAGUGCUGGCAUAGGUCCUGUUAGCAUUGGUUCAGGAAAAGCAGAGGACACUGAGCUCCAAAAGAUUUCAAUGUCCCCCAAGUUUACUUUCAAGUUUGAUGAUCUACAGGACACAGAAACACUAAAGCAGCACCUUCAGAGACCACUGAAAACACUGAAAAAAGAACAAAUAAUCCAAAUCAUGCAGGAUGCUCCUGAAGUUCCAGAUACCGACAGGAGAGAUAUUGUCUUCGUAAUUGAUGGGUCAGAGAAUAUGAGGUCGGCUUUCUCUCCAGUGCGUUCCUUUAUUUCUAGAAUAGUUGACAAUCUCGAUGUUGGCAUUGACAAAGUCCGUGUUGGAGUUGUACAAUAUAGCAAUGAUCCCAGAACAGAAUUCCUCUUAAACGCUUACACCACCAAACCUGAAGUUCAAACUGCCAUCCGUAACCUACGACCUAAAGGUGGGCGGAGCAUCAGAACGGGUGAUGCACUAAAUUAUGUUAAAAACAACCUUUUCACCAAGGCUGGCGGUAGCAGGAUCGAAGAGGGCGUGCCUCAGUUUUUGGUGCUUUUCACUGCUGGCAGAUCAGCAGAUUCAGUUACUCUGGCAUCAGAGGCAUUGAAAAAAGUUGGUGUAGCACCUAUUGUUAUUGGAUCUGGAGGUGCAGCUGAUGAAGAGCUCGAAGAAAUUUCACUGUCUCCUCAGUAUGUUUACAAGCUAGUCGACUUAAGGAACGUGAUGAAUAUACAACAACGUUUAUUGGGACCGCUGACAACACUGGAUAUUGACGGGAUAAAAAGAAUCUACGAAUCUACCACUGUGGUAACAGGUUUCAGUACGGAUAAGAAAGAUGUUGUGUUCUUGAUUGAUGGGUCUAACAAUAUUGGGUCUGAAGAGUUUGCCCACAUUCGUGAUUUUAUCCUGAACGUAAUUAAUAGUCUUGAUAUUGGAGCCAACAAAGUUCGUGUUGGUCUGGCACAAUACAGCAACAACGGGAAAACUGAGUUCCUGUUGAAACAACACCUAAGUAAAGGUGCUCUUCAAAACGCCAUCAGACGAAUUAGGCCAAAAGGAGGUUCACCGCUUAACACCGGAAUAGGUCUGGACUUUGUCAUGAAAAAUCAUUUCAACAGGCAGGCUGGAGGUAGAAAACAUGAAGGAGCACUCCAGUACCUGAUAGUCGUCAAUGGAGGAAAAUCUAGGGACAGGAUCCAACGUUACUUGGAGCCAUUAAAAACUUCAGGAAUUAAUGUUUUUGGUGUAGGGGCAAAGAAUGUAGAUGAACGUGAACUCCAACAGAUCACAACAGUUGAUUAUGGUACUUACGUAGUAAGUAACUUUCAGGACCUUAAACGUGUGCAAGAACUUCUGAAGGUUCGCUUGCAGGUGGAAGAUCCCAAAACUUUUGAAACACCAGAACCUCCUACUGAAGUUUUUUCACAGAAAAAAGCCGACAUUGUAUUUCUUCUGGAUGGCUCCAUUAACAUUGGAAAGCAAAACUUCCCCCGUCUCACUGAGUUUGUUGCCAACAUAGUUGAUGCUAUCUACACUGAUGAUGGAUUAAUCCAGGUGGGAGUUAUCCAGUACAAUUCUGAUGCAACCAAUGAAUUCUUCCUCAAUUCAUUCCGAACAAGAGGAGAUGUUCUCAAGGCUAUUGAGAAUAUACAGUACAAGGGAGGCAGAAUCUUAAACACAGGAGCAGCCUUGCGCUUUGCUAAAAACGUACAAUUUGUCCCAUCAGCAGGGAGUAGGAUUGAAGAAGGAGUCCCACAAAUCGCUUUCAUUCUAAUUGGUGGGAAGUCUGAAGAUGACGCAAUAGCAGCUGCAAAAGAGCUGAAAAAUGCUCGAUUCAAAAUCAUCACUGUGGGAAUUCAGGAUGCAGUUGAAGAAGAAAUCAACCAAAUAGCAAGUGAACCAGCUGGUGUUUUCAGAGUCUCUGACUUGAACACACUUUCUGAACUGACCGAGCAAGUCUUACUGGCUACAACUGAUGUCAUUUCUGGUGAGCUCUGUCCAAGCAUCACUGAUACAGUAAGAGAAUGUGACAUUGACGUUUUAUUUGGCUUUGAUGUUGAUGCUGGUGAUGCAUUUGAUUCAGAGCCAGGUUUCAGGAGCAAAUCAGGAAAUAUUUUGUACAGAAUCUCACAGUUGAAGCGUAUUAGCUGCACUGGCUCAAAAUCGCCCUCUGUAAGAAUGGGGGUCAUGAUUUUUAGGAGAGAUGGACAAACUCGUGCCAUUGACUUGGUUGAGUAUCAACCUGAAGUAAUGACCGAAUUCAGCAAAUUAGCAGCUUCUGGUCCAUCUGUCUUUGAAGCAAGAACCUUAGCUGCAUACCAGGAUGUAUUUCAAUCUGCUAGUUCUGGUCGAGUAAAGGUCAUUAUCCAUUUCACUGAUGGCAUAGAUGAAGACUUUGCUUCAUUAAAAAGACAGGCUGAAACUCUAAGGGAGGAAGGUCGCGUGCACGCACUGAUUCUGGUGUCUUUGGAAAAAUUAACUGGGUCUGCAGAUGUUUCUUUGUUGGAAUUUGGACGUGGAUUUAGAUACAGGAGACCCCUUUCAAUCAACCAGCAUGAUUUAGAAUAUGAACUGGCAGAAGAACUUGAUAACAUUGCAGAGAGAGUGUGUUGUGGCGUCUCAUGUAAGUGUGCUGGUCAACCAGGUGACAAGGGUCCUCAAGGACAACGUGGGCAGAAGGGCUCACCAGGACUUAAAGGUAUUCCGGGUUAUCCAGGUGAUGAAGGUGGAGCUGGUGAAAGAGGUCCACCGGGUAUAAAUGGAACUCAAGGGUUCCAGGGGUGUCGAGGACAAAGUGGAUUUAAGGGUGCUCGUGGAUACCCAGGAGAAAAGGGUCAAGUAGGUGAACUUGGUCUUGAUGGAAUAGAUGGAGAACAGGGGAUAAAUGGAGUCCAUUGGAAAACCAGGAGAAAGAGGCAGCAGGGAACACCGGGUACAAAAGGAGCCAAAGGUUCAAAAGGAGAAAGGGGUGACAUUGGUUAUCGCGGUGAUCCGGGUGAACCAGGAAUAAACAAUAACCAGAAAGGACUCAAAGGGCAAAGGGGUGACAUGGGCUUGGUGGGAGAUGCUGGUGAAGAUGGACGUCCAGGGGCACGUGGCCAACCUGGAAAAAGGGGAGCACAGGGCCGCAGAGGAUCAGCAGGAACGAGAGGCAGCAAAGGAAAUUCAGGGACUUCAGGGCCUCCAGGAUUGCCAGGGUUUAGAGGCAUUCAAGGUGAACCUGGAUCUCCUGGAGCUCCAGGACGGGAAGGUGUACCUGGCUUUCGAGGUCCAAGGGGAUCAACUGGCCCACCAGCACCUAAGGGUGCAAGAGGGAAAAUUGGAUUAAAUGGAAGAAAGGGUGAACCUGGAAAUCCUGGAGAAAAGGGUGAAAUCGGGCCUACAGGUCCACGUGGAGAAAUGGGUGAAGAUGGAAUAAAUGGAGUUGGCAAUGCUGGAGUCAAAGGCAGAAAGGGUGAACGAGGUCCUGUGGGACCCCAGGGACUUAAGGGCGAUCUUGGAAAUGAUGGUGUUCAGGGGAAAGAUGGUAUAAAAGGAAACAGAGGGCGCAGGGGCUUUCCAGGAGCUGCUGGAGACUCUGGAGCGAAAGGAGAAAUAGGUUACCCUGGUCCACAGGGUGCAAAAGGAACACAAGGAAGAUCUAUGGAGACAUGUAGUCUUGUCCAGAAAAUCAAAGAAACGUGCCCAUGCUGUCAUGGUGCAAAGGAGUGCCCUGUCUAUCCAACUGAGUUGGCCUUUGUGAUAGAUACUUCCAACACUAAAACUGUUAAUCAGCUCAAUGGCAACAAGAAUGCUAUUCUCAACAUAAUUCAAAAUCUGACCAUAGUCGAGAGCAACUGUCCUAAAGGAGCCCGUGUUGCCAUCCUGACGUACAACAGUGACAUCAUCACUGAGAUCCGAUUCAGCAGCGCCCGGAAUAAGCGAGACCUUCUCGAACAGAUUAAAAACCUGCAAUUUGUGCCGUCAAGGAAGGGCUCAAAUAUUGCUGAUGCAAUGAGCUUUGUGGCAAGGAACACAUUCAAACGGGUGCGAAGUGGGUUUUUGAUGAGAAAGGUGGCAGUAUUCUUCAGUGACGGACAGACAAAGCCCAGAGACCUCAAUGCUGCUUUAACAAAACUUGCUGAUAACAAUAUCAUCUCUGUCUACCUCUCCCCUAGAGAAGAUAAUGUACUCAACAGGAUACUGCAGAGAAAUGCCGGUGUUAAACAAUUCUUUGUUUUCCGUAAUGAUGAUGAAACACUCAAAAAGGUGAUGUCAUGCCACGUUUGCUUAGACUUUUGUGAAAUCGACACACUCUGUGACAGUAGUCUUUACCGGCGUAAAAGAUCAGUAACACCCACCAAUGUGGACUUGGAUAUUGCAUUCAUCAUCGACAGCUCAGCAACCAUCAAUCCAACUCAAUUUAUAGAGAUUAAGAGGUACAUUUCCUUUGUGACAGACCAGUUGGAGAUUAGCAAAGAACCUGCAACAUCCAACCAUAAGGCCAGGGUUGCCGUGAUUCAGCAUGCUUUGUACAAAUCUGAAACAAAUAAUAGCCUCAAUCAAGUGAAAACUGAAUUCACUCUCACUGACUACCGCUCCAGCCAAGACAUCAGAGAAUAUAUCCUGAACAAGAUGACACAGCUUGAAGGGACGAGAGCAACUGCUCACGCUGUCGAAUGGACUAUCAAAAAUAUUUUUGAAAAAGCACCCCAACCGAGGCCAUUGAAGCUUAUUGCCCUGAUAACCACAGGAGAUCUCCCAAAAGCUGAAAAAGAACGGCUGAAGACAGUCGUCACAGAUGCCAAAUGCAAAGGCUUCUUCUUUGUUAUAUUCAACAUCUUUAAGAAACCUAAUGAGCAGGAUCUCAUUAACCUGGCAAGCGAACCUCAAGAUGUGUACUUCAAGUCAAUUAACAAAAUCUCAGAGCUCCACAAUGAAGAUUUGCUGAGGUUUGCCUGGCAGCUCCCUGAGUAUGUCAGAGCUGAGAAUGCAUUCCACUUGUCUCCAGAGCUGCGGAAACAGUGUGGGUUAUUCCAAAGUGAUCAGCCAAGCAGUGAAGCGUUUAGGAACACCCACCAACAGGUCACAACCCAUGUUCCUUUGGCUGCAGACAAACUUAUGGGAAUGAAAUUAUCUGCCUCCAAUGUGACAGAAGACAGUAUCAUCCUACAUUUGUCUCAGACUGAAGCUCAGCACAUUGAUAAUUAUGAAGUUACUGUGGUCGAAGUGAACCAGAACAUCCUUGUUCUGAAGCUGAAUGUCAGUGAUCCUGAAAUUGUCAUAAAAGAUUUGGAAAACGGACAGCAAUAUAACAUCAUUGUGAUAGGAUUCUCUCAGUCCAAAGCAAAAUCUAUUUACAAUGGGUUUUUUACAACAAAAAAAUCACCAGAAACAACUGUCAGAAGCCCAAGUAACCAAAUCAUUAUGGAGCCAAUUGAGAAUCCUGAAAUAGAUCGGUGCAUGCUGGAUUUUGAUGCUGGAUCGCAGUGUUCUGAGUAUAGUGCAAAAUGGUUCUUUGACAGCAAAAACAACAUCUGCACUCAGUUUUGGUACGGCGGCUGCGAUGGUAAUGGUAAUAGGUUUGACACAGAAGCCGAGUGCAAUGCAGAAUGCAUGAAAUCAGUACCAGAAGCAAGCAUAUCAGAACCUAAGCCUGAAGGAAUCUUGGCAGCUAAAGACAUAUGUCAGUUAUCACGGAACGAAGGAACUUGCCGGAACUUUUCCCUGAAGUGGUACUAUGAUGUAAAGACUGAAACAUGCACACGGUUCUGGUAUGGUGGAUGCAACGGUAAUGAAAACCGGUUCAAUACGCAAGAUGAAUGCUCCAAGACUUGUAUCCAAGGACGAGUUCAAACCAGAAUGAUAACCACGAUGGGAACGUAAAUGAAGUGGCAGCUCCGCUGUACAUAUACCUCUGAUAGGAGCAAAAUCUGCAGCCUGCCAUCAAUCCUAAUAUGCUAAGGGUUCACAGAUACCUUGCACUGUACUGGUAAUAGCUUUCAAUAAUCGAAUGUUGAAGAGUUUGGUCUUUUAAAACCUGCAUGUUACAAUGGUGCUAAUGUUACGUCUGGGUGUUAAACUUGUGUGGAAGUAAUCUGUCUGCUGUUUCAUACAUAGACAUUUAUUCAGCUUAUUUCUUUUGUCUGUUUGUUUUACAUUUUUCAUACUUAACAUGAACUUCUCUAACAGUCACGUCACACAUUUUUGUAAAAAAAAUGUUAGUGAUCAACACUACAAUAAUUUAAAAUGCACAGAACAAAAUGUUAUACAAAUCACUUUGGAGAAAAGUUAUUACAAAUUGCUUCCAUUGUGUGUAUAUGCUUUGAUUUUUUUUAAAUGGAGGGGACUUAUUUCAUCACUGAAGCAUAAUUGACACAUAAUACAAGAUCUGUACAGAUUCAACACAUUGCCACACAAUUGCAAAGGUGACCUUUACUUUUAUAUAAAAAAAAGUUCUGUAAGAUUUUUUAAAGAGUCAAUAGUUUGUUAAAAGUUUCUCUCAUCAUUGCUUUCCUUGAGGGAACAAUAUAUAUUUUUAUGUACUUUGGAAAAUUCUUGAUAAUUUGGAAUUGUUUAAAAUUAUGUACAGAUGUGCACUUCACUGCUCACAAGAGCUAUUUGGAACCAUAAAAAGAUAACCUAAGAAUUGUUUUCGAAUUUCAACAGGGAUUACACAUAAACCAAACCCAGGCUUUAAUGUAUGGAUCAUUUUUAAUGUUUUAUUUUUAUGACAGUUAUAUUGUAUGACUUUAAUGAAGAAAUGUAUGAGAGACUUUCUAAUAAAAUUGGUCUGAAAUUUGAAA